CCUGCAGGAAAACAUUCAGCAAACAGGGAAAUUUAGCGAGGCAUGAGAGAAAACACACAGAGCCGAAAGACUACAAGUGUAAGAGAUGCAACAUCAGCUUUCCUACCUUAAAAGAGAGAAGACAUCAUUCAAAAGAGCACAGCGUGAAGAAGGAGUUUCGCUGCGAGCAGUGCGGGAAGGUUUCCGUUCUCUUCUGGUAAUCUGAAGAUUCACAUGAAGACACACACUGGCGAAAAACCUUUCCACUGCAGCGAGUGCGACAAGCAUUUCAGCACCAAACAAUCUCUUAUUGUUCAUAAGCGAAUGGGUUUGGAACGACAUGAGGGUCUCUUUCUGCCGUCAUGCAGUGGAUGUGCCAUUGGAUAUAGAUUUGUUAAAAGGAAAUGUGUUGAUGAGGAUGAGUGUGUUGUUUCCCCGACUGCAUGUGGCGAUCACGCUCAGUGUGAAAAUACAGAGGGAAGUUACAACUGCAUUUGUAAUGAAGGAUUCAAAAAGAGCUCAGUACAAACAUGUGAAGAUAUAAAUGAGUGUUUCGAGAAGGAAUCUCCGUGCUCGGCUCAUAUGACGUGUAAUAACGCAAUUGGUUCCUACAAGUGUAUUUGUCCACAUGGAUACCAGGAGAUGGGCAAAGGAGAUUGUGAAGAUGUGGAUGAGUGUGUGUCCUCGGUGUGUGGAGUUCACAGCAGCUGCUUUAACACACCUGGCAGUUUCCGCUGCAUCUGUUCUCCAGGGUUUCAGAGACAUGAGAACAGCACCAGCGGCCCCUGUGAAGACAUCAAUGAGUGUUCAGAUCCAGAUGUUUGUGGCACAAACGCCAACUGCUCCAAUCAUCAGGGCAGCUACAGCUGCAAAUGCCACGAGGGUUACAGUAACUAUGGCAACAACCAGUCAAAAUGCAUCAAAAUGAACUGCGAUCAGUUUGAACCCGAGUCUGAUGGAGACCACACACCGAAGAAGCUGAAGCAUUUGAUGUCACUGUUGAAGAACAGCUGUGAGUCUCUGAAUGAUCCAGGUGGAGAACAUUUCACUGGAGAGAAGCUACUGCAGAACUUGUGCAGUUCCUCUGACGAGCUUCUGUCGGAUGGAAACAUGGCUGACGGGAAGAUGCUGAAUCAGUUUCUGGACGCGGUGGAGAACAGCAUGCGUCUGAUCGGACCUCAGCUGAAAGAGCCUGUGACCAGGAUGGAGACGCACAACACCUUCGCUGAGGUUGCAGUCAUGAAGAGUCAGACUCCGCCCAGUGGGCGUGUCACUCUGAGCACAGGCUCCGCCCUCUUCAGCACCAGCUGGGAAACAGUUGUAGGGAAAUCAUAUCCAGGGUUUGCGUUUGCGGCUCUGGUCAGUUAUAAAGAUCUGAACUCAUCCAGAGAUCUGCUUCACAAGAUGAGCAGAGAGAGAUCAGAUGAUGAAGAGAGACGCGUCACUUAUCAACUCAACUCUAAAGUGGUGACGGCCGUCGUCAGUAAUGCAGAAACCAAGCAGCUGUCAGAGCCGGUGACGCUCGUCUUUACACACGAGGAGGAGAGGGCGGAGUCUGAGGGCAUGGCUUACUCCUGUGUGUACUGGAAUGAGGCUGAGGGGGCGUGGUCUGGGCGGGGCUGUGAGAAGGCGGAGUCUAACAGCACUCAUACAGUGUGUUCCUGCUCUCAUCUCAGUAGUUUCGCUGUGCUCAUGGCUCUCUAUCCUGUCCAGGACUCGUUUGAUUUGGUGUUGAUCACUCGUGUGGGUUUAGUUCUGUCUCUGCUCUGUUUGUUUCUCUGUAUCCUGACGUUCAAGUUCUGCCGCUCCAUCCAAGGAACCCGGACCAGCAUUCAUCUUCAUCUGAGCAUCUGUCUCUUCAUCGCAGACCUCGUCUUCCUCUGCGGGAUCUCCAGCACUCACAAUAAGGUAGCGUGUGGGAUUGUGGCCGGUCUGCUUCAUUUCUUCUUCUUGUCUGCGUUCUGCUGGAUGCUGCUGGAGGGGGUUCAGCUCUACCGGAUGGUUGUGCUGGUGUUUCACACCACAUUAAAACAUCUCUACAUGUGUGCGGUGGGAUACGGAGUCCCUCUCGUCAUCGUCAUCAUCUCUGCCAUCGCCUUCCCAAAGGGAUACGGCACUAAACGACACUGCUGGCUCUCUCUCGAUUGUUAUUUCAUUGAGUUCUUCGUGCCCGUCUGCAUCGUCAUGAUCCUCAAUUGUUUUUUCUUCAUCAUCACUGUGUGGAAACUGGCCCAGAAGUUCUCCAGCCUCAGUCCAGACCUCUCCAAGCUCAACAAGAUCAGGAGUUUCACGGUGACUGCUGUGGCUCAGUUGUGUGUUCUCGGAGGAACGUGGAUCUUCGGCUUCUUUCUCUUCCAGGAGGAAGGGACUGAAGUCAUGUUGUACCUCUUCACGAUUUUAAACAGCCUGCAGGGGGCAUUCAUCUUCAUCAUGCACUGCCUGCUGUCCAAACCGGUCAGGACGGAGUAUUACAACCUGUUUGUCCGAAUGUGUCCACACAAGAAGAAAACGGAAUACAGUAUCAGCAGCAGUCAGAAACCGCUACGGAGCGAGGACAGCACAGCAGAGUCGAAGAUAUAAAGCGCUUGUCAUAUCCUGAUUUUACAAACUUUCAAACACUUGAACACUUUCUGUGAAAAUGAAGAUUUUCCACAAAGCUUCAGUUUGACAGGGGCUCGUCAAUUCGUCCUUCUUAUUCCUGUCCAAUCAGAAGAUCUGAAAACUGCUUACUAUUAGAAGGAACACUGAUAUGGGAUCAUCAUAUAGGAUUUAUUUACAGUUACAGGCCCGUUAUCUCACCGGCUAAAGUGGAUCACACCACUACUACAUGAACAAAGUAAUUAGAGUGCUUUGGCUUUUCUGUGUUGUCUGUUGUGCAAAAGUAGAAAAUCUUAAAUUUGAGAUAAUGUAAAAGGCAGCUUCUUUAAAAUGAUACACGUUUUAUUGUGUUGAGGGCUAUCUUGGUUUGAUUUUGCCACAAAAACUGAAAAGACUGAAAAAAAAAAACUAAUAGAAGUAUAAAGUAAAACUAGUUUCGUUUUAAACAGUUGUGAUGGCUUUAAAAUACAUAAAUGAUCUCAUCAGAAAGGCUGUUAUUGUAGAACUUAAUGAUAAAUAUGUAUGUUUGUAUACUAUUAUUUCCUGAAUUUGUUUUGUCAUUAAAAUUUAAUUUUUUUUUUUAAAAUCACA